AUGAACGACUUGAGUAAAGCGAAUCAGGAGGCACUCCAAUCAAUCAACGCGAUAAUCAGUGGCCAAAGCAUCGGCUUGAACAAUCAGCAGAAGAGUUAUCUCCAACACCUGAUUUCCGGAAUAGAAAUGAACACAAGGAUUUCCGACCUUCAGGGAAUGAGAUGGGCCCCUGUUGUGCAAGUGAAAACCACCGUCAGCUUUGCUGCUCGCCCUGAUCCCAAUGAAGUAAAAGUGAAGCUUGAUAUUGACAUUCCGCCGGAAAAUUCAAAACAGCAACCUCACAUCGGAUAUGAAGUCAAAUGGAAUGAUAAACGGGUUGGUAAUGGUCAUAUUUGGAUUUCCCCAAAUGUCUUACAUGCUUCACGUCCGGGAUUUCAGCAGAAGUUGGAAAAAUAUGGCUUUAGCUCACCAUGGUUGGAUGCAGAAGCUCAGAAUCCUGAAUAUGUGAAGGCAAAUGUUCGUCACGUCAAAUUCAUGUUCAAGAGAUGGAGGGGUGCUUAA